ACACAUCAUUUCCCUCUUCUGUUCCUGUGACCCUCUUCGCUGGAGUAACACAUUCUCUUCUGUGGUCGAUAAUCGUCCUCCCUAUCUCCACACAAUCGCAUCGUGCCGAGCACUGUGGAAGAAGCUACUGCAAUUACCAUGCUCCCAAGUCCCAGGAUUUGAACAUUGAACCGUCCUCCCCAAACCACCUACACCCCCCCGCCCCCCCUCGGAAUCGAACCCAUGUUUGUGUCCUGGUCUGAUCCAGGCAUUCUGUUUCCCUGUCGAAAUGACAACAGAGACAUGGCCCUGAGAUGCCCAACAAAUACGUUUUGGAUAUCUUUGCCUUGAGAAUGCCGCAGGAAGAGUGUUUCAUUUCCUUUCCCCGCUGAUUAGCUCGAUGUGAUGAAGCGAUCAGAUAGUGUAUAAACUUUGGUGCUUUCAGAAUCAGCUGACACAGGAGCGGGUGAAGCUGCAGAGAAUGGGCCUCAGCAACAUGGGCCGCUGUUUGCCUCUAAUGGUUGCAUUGAGCUGCAGUGUUUUCAUGGUCGAUCGAUCCCAGGGUGCAACAUGUUCACCAGGAUCUCAAGUUGCCCCAAAUGACAACAAUCAGUGUAUUGAUAUCGACGAAUGUAAUUCAUCACCCUGUCAUGUUAAUGCAACCUGUCUCAACACAUAUGGUUCCUACGACUGUACCUGCAACUCAGGGUUUCAGGAACCAGCCAGACAUGCCGGCAAACGUAAAGGGCUGAUGUGUGAAGAUGUCGAGGAGUGUGUCUCCUAUCCAUGUGAGCGACACAUGACCUGUACCAACACGGUGGGUUCCUACCUGUGCAACUGCAACGCAGGGUUCCACAGUACAGGAACGGAUUGUGUAGAUAUCGAUGAAUGCAAAUCCUCACCCUGUGGUGAUGAGGAAACUUGUACCAACACCGAGGGCUCCUAUGAGUGCAAAUGCAGCGCUGGGUUUCAGGAAUUGUCUGGCAACAGUGGAGGGAAGAUCUGUGAAGGUGAGGACUUUAGGGCCUGUCCCAUUUGGCCGUCAUUUACACGACAGGCUGAUAGUGACGGAGCGAGCAUCAUCAUGCGACUUCAAAUAUUUUUUCUGUUCUGCAAGUAGAGUCAACGUAUUGACAUCAUUUGUUAAGUGAAACAUUGAUAAAAUUAUUGUUUGCUGGAAAAAUUCAUUUAUUUUUAAACUCUGUGAAUUAUUCCCAACAAACACAAAUUUCUAUUCCAUUAUAGCAGUCAGGGCCGGCCUUAAGCCGAUUUGACCAAUUGCUCCCAAUUGGGCCCCGCGCCUAAUGGGGGACCCGCACUAAUGUUCCGUAUUUCGUACGGAAAUACGAAUUCUCUUUGUUAAAUAAAGAUUUGUUUUAAUUCGCCAUCCGGAUUGUUUUUUAAACGAACAUG